AUGUCUGGAAAUCCUUCAGCUUCACCCAAUGGAGAGCAAGUGAACUUUGUCAACAACUGCCAACGGGGUAAUCAAGGACUUUAUUCGAACAGUUACAAUCCAGGGUGGCAUAAUCAUCAUAAUUUCUCAUUGAGAAAUGAGAAUAAUGCACUUAAACCGCCACCUGGAUUCCAAAAGCAAGGCCCUACUCAGAAUGUUCCACCUCAGCAGAAUCAGUCUAGAAUGGAAGAGCUCACGUUGAGCUAUAUGCAAAAGACUGACACCAUGCUACAGAAUCAACAAGCUACUAUUCGAAACCUAGAGGAAGUACUCCAGCAGAUGCCUUCAUAUGCCAGAAUCAUGAAGGAUCUGCUCACUAAAAAGAGGAAGAUUGAUGGGAGUGAGACUGUGAUGCUUACAGGGGAGUGUUAUAUGAUUCUCCAGAAGGACUUGCUUAACUUACCACGCAAACAAAGAGAUCAUGGGAGUUUCACUGUCCCUUGCACUAUAGGAAAUUUCCAUUUUGAAAAAGUUCUUAUCGAUUCAGGUGCAAGUAUAAAUUUAAUGCCUCUAUCUACUUUCAGGAAACUUGGACUUGGAGAAUGCAAGGAAACUCAUGUUACCUUGCAACUUGCUGACAGGAGUGUCAAAUAUCCAAAGGGCAUUGUUGAGAAUGUCCUGGUGAAGGUAAAAUUCAUAUUUUCAGUCGACUUCAUAGUCCUGGAGAUGGAGGAGGACAAAAAUGUGCCCAUGAUCCUUGGCAGACCAUUCCUUGCGACAGGUAAAGCAUUAAUAGAUGUCGAACAAGAUGCCAUAAAGAAAUUUGGUGAUGACAAAUCCUGUUAUACCAUUAAUAUUAUUGAUGAGCUUAUCUUUGAGUCUGUGGAGGAGAAAGCAUGUGUGGAUACAAUGGAAUCAGUCCUUAGGGAUCUAGAUGAUUGGAGUGAUGAUGAUGAGCCUGAGGAAGAAUAUGUGGAGAAUGUGUUAGAAAUCAAGGCUCGCUACUAUGAGGAGCUGGGCACCAGUGCGACAAAACCAGUGCCAUAUUUGACACAGUCCCCGGCGAUCAGGAGCAAUAGCUUCUAA